AUAGGCAGUUGGGGCUGGGUAGAGAGGAGUCGAGCCAUCGGAGGUUGUGGUUAGGACAAACCUUGAGUCUAAAGGAUUAGUCUGGAGAAGAGAAGUCGAGGCUCCGAAUGGCGAGACUUCAGAGAUUCUAUCAGGGUUCUGAAGGUUGUAUUCUGCUAGCCUUGUAGGCAGGGGAGAGUGUCCUUGAAUAGGCGAUACCUUCUCAGUCUGGGGCGGGAGGCGAGACCUUUGGGUUCGUGUGCGGCUCAGCUCCUGGAACUCCGAACAAACAACUACCAGCUUUCAGAUGAACUACGAAAGAAUGGUGUUGGCACUAAGCAAGAGCAAGAAAGCUCAGGAAGUGGAGGUACUGCUGAGUGAAAAUGAGAUGCUGCAGGCAAAGCUGCACAGCCAGGAGGAGGACUUCCGUUUGCAGAACAGUACACUUAUGGCCGAGUUCAGCAAGCUCUGCAGCCAGCUGGAGCAGCUGGAGCUGGAGAACCAGCAACUGAAAGAAGGGGCUGCUGGAACAGUGCCUAUUCAAGCUGGGCCACAUGUGGACGGGGAGCUGCUAAGACUGCAGGCGGAGAAUACAACCUUGCAAAAGAACAUGGCAGCUCUGCAGGAGCGCUAUGGAAAAGAGGCUGUGAGGUCCUCAGCUAUCAUUAAGAGUCAAGGAGAUCCCCCAGGGGAUCCAAACCCUACAGUUCUAGCCCCUGUGCCACUGGCAGAAGUGGAGCUAAAAUGGGAAAUGGAAAAAGAAGAAAAGAGAUUGCUGUGGGAGCAGCUGCAAGGCUUGGAGAGCUCAAAGCAGGCCGAAACCUCUAGACUACAGGAAGAACUUACUAAGCUCUCUGAAAAACUGAAAAAGAAACAGGAAAGUUUUUGCCGUCUACAGACAGAGAAGGAGACACUAUUUAAUGAUAGCAGGAACAAGAUUGAAGAAUUACAACAACAGAAGGAAGCUGAUCUCAAAGCCCAGUUGGCUCGUACCCAGAAGCUGCAACAGGAGCUUGAGGCUGUCAAUCAGAGCCUGGCAGAGCUAAGAGAUCAGCGGCAGGGGGAACGGCUGGAGCAUGCAGCAGCAUUACGGGCACUACAAGAUCAGGUAUCUAUCCAGAGUGCAGAUGCACAAGAACAAGUGGAAGGUCUGUUGGCUGAAAACAAUGCCUUGAGGACUAGCCUGGCUGCUCUGGAACAGAUCCAAACAGCAAAGACACAAGAACUGAAUAUGCUCCGGGAACAGACCACUGAGUUGUCAGCUGAGUUACAGCAGCGGCAGGCUGAGUAUGAAGAUCUCAUGGGACAGAAAGACGACCUCAACUCGCAGCUCCAGGAGUCAUUAAGGGCCAAUAGUCGGCUGUUGGAACAACUUCAAGAAACAGGACAGGAGAAGGAGCAGUUGACGCAGGAACUCCAGGAAGCUCGAAAGAGUGCUGAGAAACGGAAGGCCAUGCUGGAUGAACUAGCGAUGGAAACGCUACAGGAGAAGUCGCAGCACAAGGAAGAGCUGGGAGCUGCCCGAUUGCGGCAUGAGAAGGAAGUGCUGGGUGUCCGCGCCCGUUAUGAGCGUGAGCUCCGUGAGCUGCAUGAGGACAAGAAACGACAGGAAGAGGAGCUUCGUGGGCAGAUCCGCGAGGAGAAGGCCCGAACAAGGGAACUAGAGAAUCUUCAGCACACAGUGGAAGAACUUCAAGCCCAGGUGCACUCCAUGGAUGGAGCCAAGGGCUGGUUUGAACGGCGUUUGAAGGAGGCUGAGGAAUCCUUGCAGGAGCAGCAGCGGGAACAAGAAGAAGCCCUCAAACGGUGUCAGGAGGAGCAUGCGGCUGAGCUGAAGAGCAAAGAGAAGGAGCUUCAGGAUGUGCAGAAUCAGCUCCAACAGGCCCAAGAGGAGCGAGAUGACUACUUGAAGACCAUCAGCAGUCUGAAGCAGGAGGUAAAAGACACCGUGGAUGGGCAGCGGAUCCUGGAGAAGAAGGGCAGUGCUGCGCUCAAAGACCUUAAGAGGCAGUUGCACCUGGAGAGGAAACGGGCUGACAAGCUUCAGGAGCGGCUACAGGAAAUCCUCACCAACAGCAAGAGCCGAUCUGGCCUUGAGGAGCUGGUUCUCUCCGAGAUGAACUCACCAAGCCGGACCCAGACAGGAGACAGUAGUAGCAUUUCCUCCUUCAGCUACCGUGAGAUCUUGCGGGAAAAGGAGAGUUCAACUGCUCCAGCCAGGUCCUUAUCCAGCAGUCCUCAGGCUCAGCCUCCUCGCCCAGCGGAGCUGUCUGAUGAGGAAGUGGCUGAGCUUUUUCAGCGGCUGGCUGAGACACAGCAGGAGAAAUGGAUGCUGGAAGAGAAGGUGAAGCACCUGGAGGUGAGCAGUGCCUCCAUGGCAGAGGACCUCUGCCGGAAGAGCGCCAUCAUUGAGACCUAUGUCAUGGAUAGCCGGAUUGAUGUGUCUGUGGCAGCAGGCCACACAGACCGAAGUGGGCUCGGCAGCGUCCUGAGAGACCUAGUGAAGCCAGGUGACGAGAACCUUCGGGAGAUGAACAAGAAGCUGCAGAACAUGCUGGAAGAACAGCUCACCAAGAAUAUGCACUUGCACAAGGACAUGGAAGUUCUGUCCCAGGAAAUUGUGCGGCUCAGCAAGGAGUGCGUUGGGUCCCCUGACCCAGACCUAGAACCUGGAGAAGUCAGCUAAAGAUCCUCACGCUGCACCCAACCCCCCCACCCACCCGCUACUCCUUUGGGCAGUGGUGGGGAAAUGGAGGCUGUCACCAAAAGCUAGUGGUUUGGGAGACUGGACAUUAAAGGAGAUAGAGGCCUAUGUACAGCUGGUGUUAACAAACCUGACUGAGGGCAGAGGCCCUUGGGGAGUGAGGAUCCUGAGGGAAGGGCAGGGAUUUCUCCUUCUUGGCGCUGACCUCCAAGGGCUUCUGCCUUCAUCUCUGCAUGAGCUCUCCCAGAGACCAACUCUUUUUUUUUUUGUUUUUUAUUUUUUAAGUUAUGUCUGGAAGCCUUGCUACUCUGCAUUUGGGACUGGGGAUGUUGGGUGGGGGGUGUGGUCUAUGCUCUUAUGUUGUUCUAGCAGUGUGUGAGAGUGAGCGUAUGAGUGUGUGUGUGCACGCGCACUCACGCACAUGUGCACGUGCACGUAAAGGCUGUGCAGCCAAAAUACCAUCUGGCCAGAGGGGCCCACCCAC